CCCCUCAGUGAUAACUCGCAGGUUUUUCAGCCUUAUGUGUUGCGAACUCGCCGGAACAGCACAACAGUUAUGAGCCGUCACAGUAUGUUGCUGUCAUCAUCUCCUAUUCGCAUUCCUAGUAGCCGACUUCAUCAGAUCAGAAGGGAGGAAGGAGUGGAUUUAAUGAACAGGGAAACAGCACAUGAAAGGUGAGCAGUAGUGAAACAAGGUGAUGAAGUAACCAGAGUUAGCGACAAUGAUUUGGACAAGUCUGAGAAAUCUUCAUCCCCCAAAAGAAUAGACUUCAUCCCCGUUUCGCCUGCACCUUCACCUACGAGAGGAAUAGGAAAGCAAUGUUUUUCACCAUCAUUGCAAAUGUUUGUGAGCAGUAAUGGAUUACCUCCAAGUCCCAUUCCCAGUCCAACAAGGCGAUUCUCUAGGAGGAGUCAAAGUCCAAUCAACUGUAUCAGGCCCAGUGUUCUUGGUCCCAUUAAAAGAAAAGGUGAAAUGGAAACUGAAAGUCAGCCAAAGAGACUUUUUCAAGGAACAACCAACAUGCUUUCUCCAGAUGUUACACAUCUGACAGAUCUCAGUUCAUGCCUGUCCUCAGAUAUUCUUGAUGGGAGCAGCAGCAGCGUUGGCUCUUCCUCUGAUUCCCUGACUAAAGGCAGCAUAACCACCGAGUCUCCAGUAACGUGCUCCAACUCCUGCUCCUCGUUCAUCCUCAUGGAUGAUCUCUCACCCAAGUGACUUCUCGGUUCCGAGUCGGUGUUUGGCUGUGCUGCUUCCUGACUGUGCACUCGUACAGAGAAACGAACUCUGAUCCUUGAACCAUUAACGCGAGGAUUAAUGCUAAAUGGAAAAAAAAUUAUUGUAACUGCAAUCCUUGGCAACUUUCCAGUGAUUUUGAUUUAUCCAUUUAAUGGACAUGUUAGACCAUAUUAAUGUCUGAUUUUUGCGGAUUUAUUUUAUAGGCAAGAUGUCUGCUCAGAUUAUACUAACUUUUGCUUUCAAAAACUUGCAUACACUUUUUGAUUCCAAGAUAGGUGUCUACCUAUUAGUGUUGCAAUUUUUAGAAAAAUACUUAUCACUAUUGUGGUCACUAUGUCUAGGGUAAUAAUGUGGUUCAGAAGGAUUUGAAAAUAUUAACUUAUUCUCUGGCACUUCUACCAUUAAGUAAAACUAUGUACUUUU